ACGUUAGAUCCGAGCUGUUCCAUCGGCGGAGUAAAGAUGGCUGAGCAAGGCGCCGCAGAUCCUGUUAACAACAACAAUAAUAAUAAACCCGAAGCCUCGGAGGGGACGAUUAUUAAGGUCACAGUGAAAACACCCAAGGACAAGGAAGAGAUCGCAAUCGCAGAGGACGCCUCUGUCACUCAGUUUAAAGAGGAGAUCUCAAAGCGGUUCAAAGCCAAACAGGACCAGUUGGUUUUGAUUUUUGCAGGGAAGAUCUUGAAGGACGGUGACAGUCUCAGCCAGCAUGGCAUCAAAGAUGGCCUGACAGUCCACCUUGUCAUUAAGACAGCAAACAAGGCAGCAGAUGGCGGUAGCACCUCAGCCUCUAGUUCAGCCUCCACUCAGGUAGGUAGUAGCUCCACCUCUAGUCCAGCCACCAACCCGGCCUCCACAGCAGGCCCCGCCGGGCCCGGCUCUGCACCCACGCAGACGCCCAACUUAAUGAGUGGCUUUGGGGACCUUUCCAGUCUAGCUGGUCUGGGCAUGGGCUCAGCUAAUUUCAUGGAGCUGCAGCAGCAGAUGCAGAGGCAGCUCAUGUCCAACCCAGAGAUGCUCUCUCAGAUCAUGGAGAACCCGCUGGUGCAGAACAUGAUGUCCAACCCUGACCUGAUGAGGCAGAUGAUUAUGGCCAACCCACAGAUGCAGCAGCUGAUGGAGCGCAACCCUGAGAUAUCCCACAUGCUCAAUAACCCUGAGCUCAUGAGACAGACCAUGGAACUCGCCCGGAACCCAGCCAUGAUGCAGGAAAUGAUGCGAAACCAGGACCGCGCUCUGAGCAACCUGGAGAGCAUUCCCGGAGGUUACAAUGCCUUGAGGAGGAUGUACACAGACAUCCAGGAGCCCAUGUUCAGCGCAGCAAGAGAACAGUUUGGAAGCAACCCGUUCUCAGCUCUCGGUGGAACCUCUGAGUCUGGUGCUCAACCGUCACGGACAGAGAACAGAGAGCCCCUGCCCAAUCCAUGGGGGCCUCCGAAUUCUACGAACCCCUCUGAGAGCGGAGGGGGAACCACAGGAAGCACUACUACUUCAGCGACCGCCAACCCGAGUGUGUCCAACCCUCUCGGCAUCAAUCCUGGGAGUCUGGGAAAUGGCAUGUUCAACAGCCCGGGAAUGCAGAGUCUACUCCAACAGAUCUCAGAAAACCCUCAGCUGAUGCAGAACAUGCUGUCUGCUCCGUACAUGCGCAGCAUGAUGCAGUCGCUGGCUCAGAACCCAGAGUUAGCAUCCCAGGUAAUGAUGAAUAAUCCUUUAUUUGCUGGAAACCCACAGCUGCAGGAACAGUUCAGAGCUCAGCUGCCCAUUUUUCUGCAGCAGAUGCAGAACCCUGAGGCCCUGUCAGUUAUGACCAAUCCCCGGGCCAUGCAAGCUCUAAUGCAAAUCCAGCAGGGCCUUCAGAUGCUGCAGACAGAAGCCCCAGGCCUUAUGCCCAGUUUGACAGGUGGAAUUCCAGGUGUGCCCACAGGAGGCGCCGCUCCUGCAGAGAACCCUGCGUCCUCACCCAGCGCUGCUGCAACAAACCCUGCUCAGCAGCAGCUGAUGCAACAGAUGCUCCAGAUGUUUGCUGGAGGAGGUGGAGGAGGAAGCGCAACGACCCAGACCCCAGAGGUGCGGUUCCAGACCCAGCUAGACCAGCUGAAUGCCAUGGGCUUCAUCAACCGCGAGGCCAACCUGCAGGCCCUCAUUGCUACUGGAGGAGACAUCAACGCCGCUAUUGAGAGACUGCUGGGCUCACAGCCCUCGUAAUGACAUACAGUACAUAUUGACACGCAGACAUGCUCAUAAACACACACUUAACACAUAACACACCCAACAGAGAACCAACAGAAAUGUAUGUGUAUUGUCCCAGACCUUGGGCAAGAACUGAAAGACCGUCAUUCUACAUCUGUUCUAAGAUCAUUCCCUACUUCCCCCUUGCUUCUUAUGUUCGGCACCAACCAACCAGCUUCACCCACGAAGUUCUGCUGUAGGGGUCGGACUGAACCGGUCUCUCGUCAAAGGGUGUACCGAUGGGAAGAGAAAGGGACUCCCAACCAUUUUUCUUUUUUCUUUAUUGUUUCCUUCACCAAAAAUCUGAAGUAGCGCUCUGUAGGCAAAGAUUUACAUGAUACAGACACAACCCAUGCGAUGUGAAAGGCAGUCGUCUCUGCGUCGUACAUGGUUCUUGUGAGGCAGGUCAGUAGUUUUCUGGUCUACAAGCUCUCAACCUGAAAACCAGCAGGAGAACAGAUGUUCACAGACGUCCCAACCACCUUCCCUCCACGUUUCCUCUAGUUCUCAACAUUCUCCACACACAGCUGGUUUUGCCCAACUGCUUUCACUAUUUAUUGCAAGCGCCUAAUAACAUGACGCCUUCCAUGUUUUCACCCUCAGAAGUUGUAAUUUGUCGCUCCGGAUCAAAGUGCCCACACUUAAUCGCAGUGUUUAUUUUUAUUUUUUUAAAUGCCCUACUCCCACAACCCUCCAUAGUCACCAUUGCUAGUCCUGCUGUCCGGCUCUGACCAGUGAGAUCAUGGCUGAUAAAUACCUGCCUCACUCAGCCAGGAAAUGAGACUCUUACCACCUCCAAGAAAAUUCUCAUUGAAAGCUGUAAUCAUAAUCGUUUAUCAAAUAACAGCAUCCCUGAAGCACAGGUUGUUGCUGGUAUGAAUAUGAAUCCUACAAACCAUUUUAACUUUCAUUUAAAUCUGAUUAUUCACUCUUAUCUCUUUGUUUUUGAGGGAGUUAGUACCUAGAUAUGAAACUGGUUUAUUUCACAUAAAUUACAUGUGGAAAUCACGUGAGUCAACAAAAAUGAUAUAAUGGAAAGGCUUUAAGAAAACCGUUAACCUAUGAUGGCACCAUUCUUUGCUCCAAUCUUACAGUCUAGGUUGUUUAAUUAUUUUUAUUAUUAUUAUUUUUCCUUUUUGAAAUUCUCAGCAUUUGUAGUUGUGAUGAACUUGGCAACUGCUUCAAUAGCUUUGCUCUGUCUGUUGAACUCAGCUGAAUUAAAAUAAAGAAAUCCAUCUCCCAGUUGAAUAUGUUUGGAACUAACUUUUAACAGUACUGUACUAAAGAAAAGUAAUAAAUCAUGGUCAACACACCAA